AUGUCCAGUGACCCCAAGGUAGCAGAAGUUCCCAUCAUUGGCUACAAUGUAAUUGAGGAAGUCAUCAAGGGACAAAUGAGUACAGCUCCUGAUGAGAACACAGCCAGGGUGGUGAGUGGAGCUUUCGCUAUUGAUCCAAAAAUAGCCAAAACUAUCAUCCAUGUGAUGCACUCGUGUCACUUUGACAGUGAAGGUGGUGUAGUCAAGACAGGGAGACGAAGAACUGUCCUUCCUCCAGGGCAAGCCACAACCGCUUUUGACACUGUCGAUCACUCUAUCCUACUAUCCUCUCUCGCUGACCUGGGGAUCUCUGGCACUGCUCUGGCCUGGUUCUCCUCCUACCUCUCCAACCGCACUUACCAGCACAUCUCCACUCUGGCACGCACUUGCCGAUUCUUCCUGAGCAACAUCCGAAGAAUCCGACCCUUCCUCACCAACUAUGCUACCCAGCUCCUGGUCCAGGCCCUGGUACUCUCCCGCCUAGACUACUGCAACUCCCUCCUGGCUGGCCUCCCUGAGUCCGCCACCCAUCCGCUCCAGCUCAUCCAGAACUCUGCUGCCCGCCUGGUGUUCUCUCAGCCUCGCUUCUCCCACGCUACUCCACUACUCCGCUCGCUCCACUGGCUCCCGAUCACCGCUCGCAUCCAGUUCAAGACUCUUGUACUAGCCUACAGAUGCCUUGACCAGACUGCACCCAGCUACCUCCAGACCCUCAUCUCUCCCUACACCCCCACUCGACCUCUCCGCUCCUCCUGCACUAGAAGACUGGCUCUACCUCCUCUACAGCCCGCUCCUUCUCCACCCUCGCCCCACAGUGGUGGAAUGACCUUCCUACAGAUGUCAGGACUGCCCAGUCCCUGACCACAUUCCGGCGCCUCCUUAAGACUCACCUCUUCAAACAGCACCUGUAGAACUCCUCUGUUUUUCCCCUGGGACACUAUCACCCUUCAUUUAAAUGUGCUUUAUUUACUCUUAUCUGCCCCCUAUUUUACUGCAUUUAAUCCUGUACUUCAGAAUACUGUAAUCUGCCAAGUGUUUAAUCUGUAGUACUUUGUAUUUAAUCACAUCCUGAUGUAACUAUCACUAUUUAAUCAUAUCCUGAUGUAACUAUCACUAUUAUCUGCUGUAUUAUUGAAUUGUGUUUUGUCACACUUGUACUUUGCUUGAACAAAAGUUAUUGUAUUUCUUGCUCUUAUUGUAUUACUUGUAUUGUAACACUUGAAAUGUAUUUGCUUACGAUUGUAAGUCGCCCUGGAUAAGGGCGUCUGCUAAUAAAUAAGUAAUAAUAAUAAUAACAACCAAACGAGCAAGAUGGGUGAAUGACCUCCUCUCGUUUGUAAACUUUCUUAUGUUCUUAUGUUUACCAUUGUUGGUAUCCGAGUUAGCCAGCAGUGCAGUGCCACCUUGUGGCCGAAUUAUUAAAGUACACCCCUGCUGGUGUCCAGUGAAUUUCACCUCCCUCCCACAGCUCCUUAUGAACAUUUUUAUUUAUUUAUUUUUUAUAUUUUAUUCAAAGAAAAACAAAACCAAUAAUACUGUAAUAACACAUAAUAUAAAAAUAAACAGCUUGCAUGUUUCCACAGUGUGUUGUGUUACAAAAUGAAAUCUUGUUACAGAAGAUAUACAUUGUUAUAUUAACUCUAUUGUGUGCCAGUGUCUGAGUUAAUAUCAUGUUUCAUAACUGCUGUAUCUGUGUGCCAGUGUCUGAGUUAAUGUCAUGUUUCAUAACUGCUGUAUCUGUGUGUCAGUGUCUGAGUUAAUGUCAUGUUUAAUAACUGCUGUAUCUGUGUGCCAGUGUCUGAGUUAAUGUCAUGUUUAGUAACUGCUGUAUCUGUGUGCCAGUGUCUGAGUUAACUUCUUCAAAUCCAGAUUCAAAAUGAAUGUGCACUCCAGGUACCAGAUUUAGACAUUAUUGUAAUUGAUAAUUUUACCGCUGAAAUUGGUAUGAAAUAAUAUUUGGAAAAAAAAGUCAAUGCAUUUCUAACAUUUUUAUUAACCCUUUAGGCUCCUGUGUGCUGGAUAGUCAUAUUCAAUAAAGCAAGACAGAGAGAAACGCUA